AUGCAAGCACCGGAUGUCUCCCUCGUCAACGGCGUCUACCAUGUGUAUUAUUCAGUCUCAACCUUUGGAUCCCAAUCCUCUGCCAUCGGCCUUGCAACAUCCUCAACCAUGGACUUGAACUCAUGGACCGACCAUGGGUCAACGGGUAUCCAAUCCAGCUCCUCAAAGCCAUACAAUGCAAUUGAUGGCAACCUCUUUAGCGAUGGAGGAAAAUAUUACAUGAACUUUGGUUCCUUCUGGCAUGACAUUUACCAGGCACCUAUGGACUCAGCCGCAACCACCAUUUCCUCCUCAGCCCACAACAUCGCCUAUAAUCCUUCAGGAACCCAUGCCGUUGAAGGAUCAUUCAUGUACAAGCACGGUGGUUAUUACUAUCUCUUCUUCUCUGCAGGCAUCUGCUGUGGCUAUGACACAUCCAGGCCGGCACCCGGACAAGAGUAUAAGAUCAAAGUCUGCCGAUCCACCUCGGCGACUGGCAAUUUCGUUGACGCUAGCGGUGUCGCUUGCACGAAUGGUGGCGGCACUGUUGUCCUCGAAAGUCAUGGAACUGUAUACGGACCUGGUGGACAGGGAGUUUUCACUGACCCAAGCCUUGGUCCUAUCCUUUACUACCACUAUGUCGAUACCAAGAUUGGCUAUGCAGACAGCCAGAAGCGAUUUGGAUGGAAUAAGAUUAAUUUCUCCAGCGGAUGGCCCGUCGUGUGA